AUGGCACGCAACCCCAGAAAACGCACUCGCGCCAGCAAGCAGACCGCAUCCUCAUGGACAUCUCAGAUCGCCCUUGAUACUACAAGCCAAGACGUGGAAAUCGACACAAAACAUGAAGUGUCUCAACCUGGGGAAAAAGUUCAUGCAGGGUCUGACACAGAGCCUGACGCGGUCAAAAUGGAGAAUGAAUACGCCUCCAACAACACAUCAGAGCCACCAGCCGCUGCCGCUGUGAAGCUAGAGUCAUCAGAAACUGUCAUUGCAUCAGAUUCUUCCACACGAAUGUCCUGGAGUGUGGCCUCUUUCCCUGUGUUUGGAGACACAGAACUACCUCGCGCAGCUGCAUUUACCUCCAAGACGCCUCUACAAGAGAUCUCAGACGCGUCUCUCAAUGUCCAGGCUUUAUCGCCGCAUGUGAAGCCUGAAGAUGUCUUAGCGACCCCUGGAGUCAAGGGGGAAUGUUAUGACAUAUUCCAGUUUCUGCAUGAGGAGUACCAACCUGAAGCCGGUGCCCUGAAUCUCGAUCAACAUCUAUGGGGAUACAGAUCAGAUCUCUCUGCUUCAGUUAGACUCCUCAUGAGCUCAGACUCUGCUCGUCGCCUCUCCAAGUUUUGCAUUUCACUGGAAGGCGACGUGGAGAUCUCGGGACCUACCACAUUCCCCAUCUGCCUCAUAUCAGUAGACUCUAAUGGGGUAUAUGGAGGCGUCCAUCCCAGGGAGGCUCUUCGAAAAAAUCUUUUGGCAGAUCACAAGUACAGAUUCCAGCCCGUGUUUGCUAUUCCACGCGAGGAGUUCAUGUUCCCCGGAGAGGAGUUCCUUAGGAGCUCUAAGAUAGCUGAGGAUCUGGAGUAUACAACAAUUAUCCUAAACCCUUACGAACACGGAGCCCUGGAGUCCGUCAUCAGUAUCAGUGGUUCAUUGAAUCACAUUUCACGCAUCAUUCGGUUUUUCUGUGUGCGGUCCAGAACUUCAGUUCUUCAGCUGUUGAUCGGGAACUUGACCCACAACGAAAGGACUGAUAGAGCCGCAGUAUGUUGUUCCAUUCGUCCUGGAGUCGAGAUCGGAAAAUGGUCGUUGCCUGGAUCCAACGAGUCCGUUGUUUCCAUUCCCAUCACUAUUGGUUCCAGUGGCGAUGGGAAUAGAUGGUCUAUCGAGCCCAGACUUGAUGCUAUCGCCAAGCUUUGUUACCUCAACAACAACCCCCCCGUGGAGGACUUCAAUUCCCAAUACGAGCCUGUGAUGCCGAUCGUGGAAUAUGGUGGUCUAUGGACCAAGCCAGUAUUUUGCUAUGACUAUCCAGAUGCCAUGGCCACUGAGAGUGAGGGUGACGGUGAAGAAGAACAGCCUAUCACUGGGUCUGAGAUUGGCAGUGAGUUCUUUACCCCCGACUCAGUGUUGGAGAGGAGCGUUUACCAGACCGAUAUUGUUCUUCCUCGCUUUAAUCAGAAGACACAGCUGAUCCACGGAGAGGUCAAGCGGCUGUCUGAAAAGCUGGGAAUCACCACUAGAACCUCUAAUGUCAACUCGGGUCUCAUCACCGGGACCAGGGUUGAUCUUGCUGGCGACAGGGAUAAGGUCCAGAAGCUCGUUGACACAGUUCGGGAUAUCGCUCAGUCCUGA